GAGCCUCCCAGAGAACAGGGGAGCCAGCUCCCGAUCCACGUCCAUGUCCUGACACUCUUCGUCGUCGUCCGCAAACUCAUACCGCAGCCUUUGGGUUUGGGUAGAUGGCCCUGGUUCUUGGGCUGUCACGCGUGGGGUUCGCGGCUUGUAUGUUGUUUCGGCGCAAUAGUUACGACAACCUCGUGCUAUGUCCUGUGGUUGUGGUGCUGGCUGCAGCUGGGGAUUUGUGGAUGGGUAUUUAUAGUCGUCUUCGUCGACACCUUGACAACCAAAGCUAACGUCAGAAUCCUCGGAAUUGUUUCUCCUUCUAGUUUGAGCAG